AAUCGAGUAUCUAAACCAACCUAAACGGUGGAAAAAGCGACUCGCAAACGUUGCGUAUUUGCCGGUAUACGUUUGGUGUUGUUAUUGUAAGAAUAACAAGCCAAAACUAACGUGACGAUAUUUUUUUACAGAGAAAAUUAAAUCAAACUUCUCAACAUGACGAUCGGAAAAAACAACAAAAUGCUGCAGCAUAUCAACUACAGGGUGAGAAUCAUUCUGCAAGAUUCUCGUACGUUCAUUGGUACAUUCAAGGCAUUCGAUAAACACAUGAAUUUGAUUCUUGGAGACUGCGAAGAAUUCAGGAGAAUAAAACCAAAAAAUACUAAACAACCUGAAAGAGAAGAAAAAAGAGUUUUAGGCUUUGUCCUUCUUAGAGGUGAAAAUAUUGUGUCUUUAACGGUCGAAGGCCCACCACCUCCUGAAGAAGGUUUACCCCGUGUACCGAUUCCUGGAGCAGCUCCUGGCCCAGGAAUGGGGCGUGCCGCUGGUCGUGGUAUGCCUGCCAAUGUCUCUGGAGUACCUGCAGGACUACAGGGACCUGUCCGUGGUGUCGGAGGUCCAUCGCAGCAGAUCAUGACCCCUGGUGGACGAGGUCAAGUGUCAGCACCACCUCAAAUGCACCCCGGAGGUCCACCCCGGAUGCCUGUCGGUGGGCCACCACCUGGCAUGAUGGGACCACCGCCUGGAAUGAUGGGAAUGCCUCCUGGGAUGCCUCCAAUGGGUCGUGGUGGUCCACCUAUGGGUCCUCCCGGAAUGCGAGGUCCACCUCCUGGUAUGAUGCGAGGUGGCCCACCUCCGCGUCCUUACUAAUACUGUCAUAAUAUUUGGAAAAAUACAAUGAUGACCAAUAAACUAGCUCAUAACUUUCUA